CAAGCCCACCACGUCCAUGUGCACACCAAGGACAGAUAACUCUAAUUCUAGUACAAAAGCAUUCUUGAAAGCUUCACCUGCUGCUGUUGUCUCCUGUUCAGAGCUGCCCACGACAGCACUUGAUAUGUUUUACUAGUAGACAAACUCCCUGCACUCUUAGAUCGUUAGUAUCACAGCAGUCGCUGAGGUGGGCCAGGAUUGUUGUUGAAUUUACUAAUGCUCAAUAAAACCUGAUCACAAGUCUGUUUCCCAUCUCCGUGCCUGGUGUCUGUGCAAUAAACUAGGUGACUGUCUAUAAGCAACUGACAGAGGGAACCGGUUCAGUCGCCUGGCAACUCCUUCGUUUCUAUUGAGUGAAUGAGUGAGUAUGGUUUUACGCCGCAUUUAGCAAUAUUCCAGUAAUAUCACGGCGGGGGACACCAGACAUGGGCUUCACACUUUCAUUUCUGAAGACCUUAAGGUAUAGUAUUUUCCUUCCCUGAAAGUCAAGGAACCUUUCCCUCGAUCCUCGUCUGUUUCCUGUAUCCAGCCCUCCUUCUCAAAGCGCAUGUCCUUUGAUCCAGGGAGUGACCAAUCCCCGUCCGACAGGCACGUGCAGCCCGUGCGAGAUGCAUGCAGACCUCUUGACCGGGACGAGGCCCUGGAGGUGAUAUGGAGCUUGUAUCCGCCAAAGGCUUCAGACGUGGAGGCUAGGAAGUCUCGCUGGAUCCGCCCCGUGGUGCAGGAGACGGAGGCUUGGUCACUCCUUGAUGACCGUAUUUUGACCCAGACGGAUUUCCGUACUUGUCUGAAGCUGGUGAUAGAGGCGCGUCUGAAGAGGGAGGGCGUGGUCGCCAUCCCAAGCAACGUGCGCGCGGGUGUGGAGGAAGUGUCAAACGCCGAGGAAGCCAUGGAGAAGAUAGAGAAGUACCUGCUGGAGAGGAAGGCUGAGAAGGAGACGAAGGAAAUAAAGACGACUCCGCCGCGAGUCGCCGUGUAGUCACAUGACAGUGCCUAUGCUCUAGGAACCAGUGUUUUCUCCUGUUCAUGUACCUGUAGUAACUACAAGCCCAUACAGGGAACAUGUAUCGGAAACAUGCUCCCAUCACAAAGGUGCCUUACGUUUCAUCAUCUCAAGAGAGAAAAUGUAAUUACAGUUAUCCGUACUUAAAAACAAAUGUUUCUGGCGCUUGCUGUAAGCCGGCAUCAUCUGAAUCGAACCCGGACCUUAGGUGUCACGAAGCAACGCUUUAACCACUAGGCUACCCAACCGCCCCGAUUUUUGAAAGAACAGCGUCAAAAUAAUAUAGUAGGGGCACGGGUGGCCCAGUCGUCUAAAGCGCCGUAAUUCGACGUGCAGAGUUGCGUCCCUUGGAACGCCAGAAACCCAUGAUCGUGGGUUCGAAUUCCGGUUCUCCAUGCUUGUUUCUUGGUUUGUCAGAACCGAACCCGUUCUGGUGGAUUUCACCAAAAUUGUAAACGUCUGAGACUUGCAUCGCUUCUGGUUUUACUCCCCCACCAACCUGUCACGCGGUUAUAUAACGGGAAUACUGUUCAUUGUGGGUGUUUAACUUGUUUUGAGCGGUAUAUUGCAUGUAUAUGCGUUACAGCAGGCGGUUCGUCCAAGUUGGUGGAAGCGGAUGAAAAAUAUCAAUGAUUUUACAAAAUGUACAUAUUCAGUAAACGUUUAUGAUUGUUUGAAAUAACAUCUUCUGUCCAUAAGUCAUUUUAAAUCUUUUACGCAAACGCAAAUUGUCAUCAAGAUCUGUGAUAUUGAUAAUGGUGGUGUUGUUUAUCUGUUGAUCUGUUAUUGUAAAUAACUUGUUGAUAAGUGUCGUUUCGUACGUUUUCAUAUAACAUUGAUCUAUAAAUGUCGAGUAUGCUUGUAGUUAGAGACGACUAACGGGAUCGGGUGGUCAGGCUCGCCGACUUGGUUAAUGCAUGUCAUCGUAUCCCAGUUCGAUGCUCAUGAUGUCAAUCACUGGAUUGUCUGGUCCAGACUCGAUUGUUUACAGACCGCUGUCAUAUAGCUUGAAUAUUGCUGAUUGCGGCGUUAAACAACAAAGAAAAGGAAACAUAAGACUGACAGUAGACGACUGCUGUAAAGUGAACAUUUGAUGGUGAAAUCAUGCAUGUCAGGUCAUUGUAUGUAGCUCACGCAACCACAACCCCACCUUUCUAUUACACUGGGGACCGCUUCGCCAAGCAAACGUAGUGUCACAAAUGCUAUCACAAGAUGCACUGACACACAUAGACAUCAUCUUCCCGAGGCAAGUGAGUUAACUGAUUGUAAAAGUCCAGUUUCCACCCUUGCCGAACUGGGCUGGUAUUAUGGAGUUACAUUUUGGCUGGACUAACGAGUCUAUGC